CAGGAUUAGUUCAGAAUUAGUCGACUUUUCGAGUACAUGCGUUGGCACUUGGCACCGCUCUUGAUCCAUGUUCCUAAAGGACCCCCCUUGCCCCCACCCAUGCUAAUCCAUUUGCGAGCCUCUUCACAUCGAAAAUGGGUCCUUCCUUUCCACUGGGAGAAAACUUGCUUACGAGGUGUCAUCGCAGCCCCGGGGACGCAACGGGAGCGGCCCCGUGCCGUCGGAAGAGGGGUGACAGCGGAUAAUACUGUGGGGGGGUUCUCAGGGUCUCACGAUGGGGGAUGCUGCGUUAUAAAGACCGGCAUAUGGGUUGCGCCCUCCCCUUUGUGUCCUCAUCCUCCGUCUCGUCUAAGCAAGCAACCUUCCACAGGUGGCGAACCCCCCCGCCGCCUCAAGUUAUCAUGUCGGAACAAAUCCUUGACGCCGUGAACCUCAUGCUCUCUGAGCAACAUAGGUUUGAACUGGGACUCUUCCUGGGCUCACUCCUUGUCGUUACCUUCUUGGCCCGGCGACUAAGCCGGUGGUACCGUCUUAGCCAUAUCCCCGGCCCCUUUUUUGCCGGCUUCUCAAGAUGGUUUUGGCUCGUCCCAAUGGCCCGAAGUGGCGAGAUAACUGAGCGGAUGCGGCAAGUCGAGAGCAAAUAUGGCCGUCUCGCGCGGGUGGGGCCGAACACGCUCCUCACAUCAGACUGGCACCUCUGGAGACGCAUCAUGGCCGUUCGGUCUCCGUACGUGCGGUCGAAGCGCUUCAAGGGCUUCCGGUUGGAUCCAGCCAAGGACCACGUCCUCUCUGUCACCGAUGAUAAGGAACACAACCGGCUCCGCACCAUUAUGAUUCACGGCUAUUCGGGCAAGGAGGUCGAAGGGGUCGAGGAGAAGGUCGACUCGGACGUGCUGUCCCUGAUCAACCUCCUCCAGUCGCGGUACAUCGCCCACAACAAGGCCUUCGACUUCGGCCGCAAGGCCCAGUACCUCACCACCGACGUGGUUGCCCACCUCACUUUUGGGAAGCCACUCGGCUUUCUAGCCACCGACUCGGACGUGUACAACUACAUUGACAUCAUCGAGAAACAGCUACCCGUGAUGGGGAUGCUGCUCAACUUCCCUGAAUUCAUCAAUUUUGUCAAUUUGCCGUUCCUCAACCGCCUGUUCCCCAAGGCCGGGGACAAGAAUGGAUUGGGAAGGCUAAUGGGAAUCGCCAAAGAAACUGCCGCCGAGCGCUUCGGGGGCAACAAGAAAGUCCAGCGGGACAUGCUGGGCUCCUUUGUCGCGCGCGGCCUGACGCAGAAGGAAGUCGAGGCCGAGAUUGUCCUGCAGUUCCUCGCCGGCUCCGACACGACCGCCACCGCAAUCCGCAGCGCCAUGCUCCUCAUCUCGACCAACCCGCGCGUCCUGCGCGCCCUCCAAACCGAAAUCGACACCGUCACCACCGGCCCCUACCCCCUCGACGCCGUCAUCCGCGACGAAACCGCCCGCGCCCAGCCCUACCUCACGGCCAUCAUCCGCGAGACCCUCCGCUGGCUGCCGCCCGGCAAUGACCUGUCCACCAAAGUCGUCCCUCCCGAGGGGGAUGUGUGGGACGGGGUGGUGCUUCCCGCGGGGACGGAGAUUGGGUGGAAUGCGGUCGGGUUGAUGCGGGUGGAGGAGGUGUGGGGGGAGGAUGCGGACCAGUUUCGGCCGGAGCGGUGGUUGGAGGUGGAGAAGGGGUCGGAGAGGGCGAAGGAUAUGGAGACGUUGGUGGAUAUGGUGUUUGGGGGGGCUAGUCGGUAUCAGUGUCUGGGCAGGGCGGUCGCGAUGAUGGAGCUUAGGAAGGCGCUUUUUGAGCUCUUCCGCCGGUAUGAGUUCGAGGUGAUGAAGCCGGAGAAGCCCUGGGUUUCUCGCUGUUGGAAUGUUAUCGAGCAGCAUGAUUUCUGGCUCAAGGCCCAUCCGCGGGAGAGUGUGUCGGUGGCGUAGCGCAAGGCGCGACGGGGUAUGGUUAUAGUUUUCAAAGUUUUCAAAGUUUCCACGACUCACCUUCGUUGUUGGAGUCGGUGUUAUACUGGGGAUAGGGAUCGCUGUCGUCGAGGUCAUUGUCGUCAAUAUCAUCGGCACCUUCAAUAUCAUGGAUUGGUACGUUGGGGCGGAAACAGUGCCACUUCAGUCAAACUGCGAUAUACCCCUGUGAUGUGAUACGAUGUAUCCGUACCUAGCUGUCUUUCAUUCAUCCGAGGCCAUUCACUUGUAAUUAAAUGAACGGGGUAGCACGUCACCCAGUCAUGACGAAGACGACUAGCCGCUGUUGUGAGCUGCGGGAAUCGAAUAUCCGCUGGACGUUGUCGCCGCUG